AGAGGCCGAGGUGGGAGGGGCGGCGAAGAUGGCGUCGGAGAGCGAGCUGGGCAGGAAGUGGGACCGGUGCCUGGCGGACGCCGCCGUGAAGCUGGGUGCUGGAUUCGGAUUAGGAAUUGUUUUCUCAGUCAUAUUCUUCAAAAGAAAGACAUGGCCUAUUGCUUUUGGGUCAGGGAUGGGGAUAGGAAUGGCUUAUUCCAACUGUCAACAUGAUUUCCAGUCUCCAUAUCUUCUCCAUGGCAAAUAUGUAAAAGAACAGUGACUAAUGGCUAAGACUAUCCCAGUGGGAAGGAAGGCAAAAUCAAUGAUUAUUCCUCAGGAAUACUGAAGUGCCCCUGGAAUCAGCCAACAUUCUUCAGUAACGAUCACCAGUAACUCUUUAUACUCCAACAGACUGUUUCUGUACAUGAAACAAGGGUCUGUUCUUUGUUUUGUAACUUGUGUCUGGAAAGUGCAAGGAAGAGCUCUUCUGGGAAAUAAAUAAAGCAAAAAUGGCCUUUUCUGGUGUGUUGACUCUGUAUGUGAGCGAGAGCGAGGGAAUGCACGGAGAGGACUUCAUUUUGAAUACCCAGCAGCUGUGACCACCUGGGAAAGCCUCGGGGAGAGCUCCGCAGCGAAGACGGCCGUCGAAUGUUCCUCCCCACUCUUGAAAGGCAACCCCCAUCAAAUGUGCAGUUCAAAGAAGCACUCCCACCUCGUAAAUCACCCGCUAGACCCUGCUGCUGGUGUUUGGAGAACGGUAUAAAUACUCCCAUGUCCUGUUUGUUCAGUUGUCCUUCAGAACUGCGCUGCUGUCCGCUCCAAAGAGGCGGAAUGGAUGGACGAGGGCAGCCCCGGGCCUCGCUGCGCUGCCUGGUGGUGUCUUGGCAAUCUGGAGUCGCGGGAGGAGCCGCGUUGGAGCUUCCCUGGCACCAGGGCUCGCGGAGCCCAUGCCCAGGUUGGCUGGCCUGGCGCCGGCCUCUGCAGGUGGUUGUUUUUUCAUCCCUCUUCUGUGGGAGACCGGUUAGAUUUCAGUCUGCGAACGGGUCACAAAUAUUUAAAGCUCUUCCUUGCCUCGGCAAGUCACUGAUCCAAGUACUCCCUCGUACUUGAGGUUUCCCCCAGCCCUUGUAGUUGUUUGUUGGCACGUAGCCCUCUGCUUUUCUCCUGACUCGAGAGCUCUCCUGCAACGCUGCUUUGCUUGGUGCAUUUUUGUAGCUCUUCAGAUGGCUCCUAAGGACUUUUCCCCUACAGGUAAGGUGCUUGCUGUGUUUUGCUCAUGUAGCCCAAACUGCAAAUACAGGUCUGCUAAGACUGAGGGGGUAUUAAAGGUUGGUCCUGAUCUUGCGCUUAUUUAAAGCCUGUUCUGCUCCAUGGUGAGCACAGGCGGAUGGAAGAAUGACAACAAAUUCCUCUGCAGAAAGGGGAGACAAUGAAAAGCAAGUUGUGCAAUGUUUGUUUUUUGAACCCUGCCAGGAAAGGGGGUGGCCUCGGGGGCAGCCUUUGGUGUGUGGAGAGCUUGAGAAACUCCUUAUCCCGUUGAGCAGCGGGCCCGGGCUUUGGCGCCGCUGCUCCCGGAGCCCAGCACCUCUGCAAGGGGCCUGCAUCCUGCCCUGAAGAGGCGCGUGGAGCUGUGCCCAGGAUCCACAGCAGCCGAGGAGGCAGCGUGGAGCUUGUGAAGCAGAGUAGCUGUGAGGCCAGAGCGGCGCUGAAGGCCGGCAGAGCUCGAUACCAUCCAGGGCUGCUGCUUGAGCACGGCCUCGUUUUUCCACCUCCUCCCUUGCCGGGCUGCGUUCAUCAGUCAGGUCAAAACAGCUUCUUGGAAACAGGAUCUCUUUCGUUCCCGUUUUGAAUCAUUUUAUCUGGCCCUGAUUCUCAAUCUGAGC